GCCAUAGGGCGCUGACCGUCUACUGCACGUAUGGCUUCCAAAUGCCCACUACUUAUCGCCGCAGAGGACACCAUAAGAGACAUAAACACCACAAAAAUGGCAAUAAGACUAAGAAAGAUGACGAUGAAGACCAGAAUGCUACUGAUGAGAACUCACGACACAUUAAUCCGGGUAUAUUACACUAUAAAGUGUCAGGCUCAGCCGAAAGAGUUCAGUUCAUACUGGGAGAGGAUGACAUGGAUGGCGCUCACGAAUCCCAUCCACUGUUCAGCGAAUUAGAAGAACUCUGUAUUAAUGGGGAAGACGUGGAAUGGCGAGAAACAGCCAGAUGGAUAAAAUUCGAAGAGGAUGUGGAGGAAGGGGGUGAUCGGUGGUCGAAGCCACACGUGGCCACCAUUUCACUUCAUUCCCUGUUUGAACUCCGGAGUUGUAUCCUUAACGGCACCGUUAUGUUAGAUUUAGAGGGAAGCAGUUUAGACCAAAUCGCAGAUUUAGUUCUGGAAAAUAUGGUAAAUUGCGGACAACUGUCGAUUGAUAUAAAAAAUAAAGUAAAGGAAGCAUUACUUAGAAGACAUCGACACCAACACGAAAAAAGACACGACAAGAAUGAAAGCAAAAACAGACUUCCAUUGAUUAGAUCUCUUGCAGAUAUCGGUCGCAAUUCCAGUAAAAAUCUGUUGGACAAAGAGUGUGGCGAUAAUUCCUCGCCACCAUCUGAGUGGAACCCUUUCAGAAAGUUUUCAUUUCAGAGUACUUUAGGAAUAAAUUUGGAUAAAUCAGCGGGCAAUAAUCACGAGGGAAUGCCAAACAGUCCAAGCGUUACAUCCCUACACCUUCACGCCAACAAUCAGUCGCAAACCGCCAACUCUGCCUCUACGGGACAGUUAAAUAAUGAUCUGAACGCCAGUUCCAGUUCUGAUCUGCAGCACAAACUCAAUCAGGCAUUUAUGCGCAAAAUACCCCCCGGGUCUGAAGCCGACAAUAUUCUUGUGGGAGAAAUCGAUUUCCUCGAGCACUCCAUAUCGGGAUUCGUUCGCCUCAAUCAAGCCUGUCAUUUAGGAGACCUCACUGAAGUACCGGUGCCCACCAGGUUUCUAUUCAUACUACUUGGACCGCACAGCAUUCCGGGCCGGUAUCACGAAGUUGGCCGAGCUAUGGCUACUUUAAUGUCAGACGAGGUUUUCCAUGACGUCGCCUAUAAAGCAAAGAGUAGGGAAGACUUGUUGGCCGGAGUCGACGAGUUCUUAGACGCUGUGACAAUUCUGCCUCCCGGUGCUUGGGAUCCCAGCAUUAGGAUAGAGCCGCCAAAUCAGAUGCCGUCACAGGAGGCGCGCAAAAAGCACGACAAGACGGAGGAAGUGAAGGAGGAGUCCGAAGACGAGGAAGAGAGGGAACGAGUGAAUAACGGCCUGACGAGGUCGGGGAGAUUAUUUGGCGGUCUUAUAAACGACGUGAAACGCAAACUUCCCUGGUAUUUGUCUGACUUCAGGGAUGCCUUAGUCCUACAAUCAAUCGCAUCAAUAUUUUUCUUAUACUUCGCGUGUUUGACACCAAUUAUAACAUUUGGAGGUCUGUUGGGAGAGGCGACUGGAAAUAAUAUUGCAACGAUGGAAAGUUUGAUGAGUGGUUUGGUUUGUGGAUUACUUUACGGAUUUUUUAGUGGACAACCGCUCACUGUAUUGGGAAGCACUGGUCCGGUGCUUAUAUUCGAGACAAUUCUUUAUGAUUUUUGCAAUGUGAUUAUCAUUGCCAUCAAUAUAACCGCAAUCGUUGUUACAUUUUCACUUAGAAAUCAAGAUUUUAAUUAUCUAAAUAUCCGUUUAUGGAUCGGCCUAUGGGUAUCCCUGAUCCUGAUGAUUAUGGUGGCCAUAGACGCCAGUUAUCUCGUCUCUUAUAUAACCCGUUUUACGGAAGAAAAUUUCGCAACUCUUAUAAGCGUUAUAUUCAUCUAUAAAGCCAUAGACAACCUCUACGAAAUCAGCAAAGUGUACCCAAUAGAUAAGCACCCGGACAUGAUUCACAACUACACCUGCUUUUGUUCAUUUGAGGACCACUACGAAGACUACAUCAUCCAAACCGAUAGACGCGUCGACGACGGACUCAAGAACUGCACAAUUUCUGGCGGAAAACUCGAGGGAUACGGCUGUGAGACCCCGAACUAUGUUUCCGAUGUCUUCCUGUUGUCUGUCAUCCUCUUCGCGUCCACGUAUGUCAUCUCACUUUUGCUUAAAGAGUUCAAGACCUCCACAUUCUUCCCGACAAAACUUCGCCAAAUUGUUAGCGACUUUGCGGUCCCCAUAGCCAUCGCUUCAAUGACUUUAGUGGACAUGUUUUUUGCCAUAAGUACCCCCAAACUCUACGUCCCAUCCGAAUUCAAACCCACUCGCAAUGACAGGGGUUGGGUGAUUCCCCUCACCCACGAGAAGAAUCCCUGGUAUAUCCUGGCUCUGACCUGGUUGCCAGCACUGUUGGCAACGAUUCUCAUUUUCAUGGAUCAACAAAUCACUGCAGUUAUAAUCAACCGAAAGGAAUAUAAGCUCAAAAAAGGCGGUGGCUAUCACUUGGAUCUGUUCAUACUGUCCAUAUUGAUGGCAAUAUGCUCUGUGAUGGGAUUACCCUGGUUCGUUGCGGCCACUGUGCUGUCGAUGACUCACGUGAACUCCUUGAAAAUGGAGUCCGAGUGCUCGGCUCCGGGAGAGAAACCCCAGUUCUUAGGCGUACGGGAACAACGAGUCACCCAUAUAUGCAUUUUCACAUUAAUCGGACUCUCAGUCCUCUUCACGCCAGUACUACAACGGAUUCCAAUGCCCGUCCUCUUCGGUGUUUUCUUCUAUAUGGGAACGUCUUCUCUAAAAGGAUCACAAUUCUUCGACCGCAUUCUCAUAAUGUUUAUGCCACAGAAGUAUCAGCCAGACUACAUGUUCCUCAGACACGUGCCCACCAUUAAAGUCCAUGUCUUUACAUUAAUACAAUUGGCGUGUUUUGUGCUCUUAUGGUGUAUAAAGUCAACGAAAUCCACAUCAAUUGCAUUCCCUCUUAUGCUGGUGGUUAUAAUAUUCAUCAGAAAACUGUUGGACCUAUUCUUCACGAGAAAUGAACUCAAACUGUUGGACGACGUGAUGCCGGAACACACGAAACGCAAACGUGAAGAGGAGAAGAUGGUGAAGGCGGAGGAGGAGAUGAUGGGCGGAGGGCUCAUACCGAACGCCAGCUCCGGGAAUGUAGCCAUUCCUUUGGCCAACGGAAACAUAUUGAAGAUUCCGAUGGAGAAGUUCAGCUCAGAUGAUGACAAGCCCUGUGCCAUAAACAUAACGGAACAGUUGGCCAAAAGCGGCGCCUGGAAGUCAAUCGACCAAAGCAUACAAAAGAUGGAUAAAAGCCGUAAUAAUAAGUCAAACAACGGAAAUAAUAAGAAGAGAGGAAAUAAGAAGGACUGCAAGACUGAGGAGGAGCUGAAGAGACUGUCGACUAUGAGGGAAGAGGACGACGAGGAGGACUGCGGGAUAACCAUUCGAGUGGACGCCCCGACACCCGUGCCAUCGACUGUGGCCUCAAAUCAUAAUUCACCAAAAGAUGAACGAAACGAGACUUCUAAAUCAAAUGUCAAACAAACAAACCUCUCAUUAAAAAUCAAGUAAUCCGUGGAUUCAAUGGCUAUAUCCCUAUCCAAGACAUUCACUUCAAUCUAUUCAUCGACUUCUGUCUCAGAAAUCUAUAAUAAGUUAAUUCAAUAGUAAAUUAAAUUAAUUAAAUAGUUAAUACCAAUCAUUUAAUAGUAUAUUAUUAUAAUUAUGUAUUACAGUACAAUAUAAUUAGAAAUACAAUACAAUUGUAUUUAAAUACCGGUAUAUUAUUAUUAUUAGCAGUCU